CAGAAAGGGCGAUCUGAUCGAAUUGUAUAUGGCGAAGAGCAAGGAUGACAUUACGUACGGGUUGGCGCAGGCAAGGUUGUCUGAAGACGACGCCGUAAGGGUGUGUUACAAAGGCGGCGUUCCACUCGAAGGCGGCAAGAUUGCCGAUUCCGAACCCAUUGAGCUCUUCUCCAGUGCUUACAACAUCCAAAAACAGCCCCGUCGCGGAGAAGAGUCGGCCUCAGAGACUGCGGCCGACUCCCAACGACGAGAUGCUGCUACGGCUGCGCCACCGUCGUCUGACAAGAAUCGAGCUGAUCAGCACUGUCAGGAACGUUGACAAAGAAGGAAGAAAUAAAUUGAGUGUCUGUUUGAAUUUGAAUUGGUUCUACGUACCAAUUCAAGGCCAUGCUUUUCUCUUUUCUUUUAGAUGCUUUCAAUCGGAGUAAAGGGUCAGUUUGGUACUCGAAGUUGCAAAAAAGGGGUCAAAUAAGUCCUUAUAUAGAAGAUUUUGUCCGGACGUGCCAUUUGAGGUGGCUCCCGAUAGAAUUUUUUGAUGAAAUUUUUUGAGCAUCUUAUUCAUUAAGUCUAGUUUACGCAUACCAAAUUUCAAAUAAAAAUUCAAUCGGGAAGACAUUCAAAUGAAUUCUUGAAGAUAACUGUGCCGUUAAAAGCGCAGUUAUCUUCAAGAAUUCAUUUGAAUGUCUCCCCGAUUGAAUUGUUAGCUGAAAUUUGGUAUGAGUAAACUAGACUUAAUGAAUAAGAUGCUCAAAAAAUUUCAUCAAAAAAUUCCACCGGGAGCCACCUCAAAUGGCACAUUCGGACAGAAUUUUUUAUAUAAGGACUUAUUUGACCCCUUUUUUGCAACUUCGAGGACCAAACUGACCCUUAUCCCCUUUCAAUCGUGAUGUGCUAGCUAGUCUUGUUCUGUUUAGUGUUUACAUCUCUUAGAUUAAUUUACAAAUUUAAUACUUAUUUUGUUUCCAAGUUUUUCCUCUAAUAAUCUUAUAAUUAAUGAAAACUAUAUUGAAAUUAAA